AUGCAACUAGAGGGCUCUUUCUGCUUGUUUUGGUGUCUCCUACCAUUCAGCUUUAGCGUCGUCAGAAGAUACUACCUUGGUGCAGUAGAGCUGUCCUGGGACUAUAUGCAAAGUGAUCUGCUUCAGGAGCUGCACCUGGAUACAAGAUUAUUUCCUAGAGUGCCAAGAUCUCCAUUCAACACCACAGUCAUGUUCAAAAAGACUGUGUUUGUAGAGUUCACGGAUCACCUUUUCAACAUGGCCAAGCCCAGACCCCCUUCCAUGGGUCUGCUGGGUCCUACCAUCCGGACUGAGGUUUAUGACACAGUAAUCCUUACACUUAAGAACAUGGCUUCUCAUCCUGUCAGUCUUCAUGCUGUUGGUGUGUCCUACUGGAAAGCCUCUGAGGGAGCUGAGUAUUAUGAUAAGACCAGCCAAAGGGAGAAAGAAGAUGAUAAAGUCAUUCCUGGUGAAAGUCAUACCUACAUCUGGCAGGUCCUGAGAGAGAAUGGUCCAAUGGCCUCUGACCCACCAUGUCUGACUUAUGCCUAUUUUUCUCACGUGGAUCUAGUUAAAGACCUGAAUUCAGGGCUCAUUGGAGCCCUGCUGGUAUGUAAAGAAGGGAGUCUGGCCAAAGACAGGACACAAACCUUGUAUGAAUUUGUGAUACUUUUUGCUGUAUUUGAUGAAGGAAAAAGCUGGCACGCAGAAGCAAAUGGAUCUUUGGCUCAAGAUGCAGACUUUACAUCUACUAGGCCCUGGCCUAAAAUGUACACAGUUAAUGGCUAUGUAAAUCGAUCUCUGCCAGGUCUAAUUGGAUGUCACAAGAAGUCAGUCUAUUGGCAUGUGAUUGGAAUGGGUACCACCCCUGAAGUGCACUCAAUCUUCCUUGAAGGUCAUACGUUUCUUGUAAGGAACCAUCGUCAAGUGUCCUUGGAAAUCUCACCAAUAACUUUCCUUACUGCGCAGACACUCUUGAUGGACCUCGGCCACUUUCUUCUGUUUUGUCAUAUCCCUUCCCACCAACAUGAUGGCAUGGAAGCUUAUAUCAAAGUAAAUAGCUGUCCAGAGGAACCCCAACUGCAGAAGAAAAACAAGAAAGAAGACAGUGAUGAGGAUGACCUUUAUGAUUCUGAUAUGGAUAUGCUCAGAUUUGAUGAUGAUGACAAUUUCCCUGCCUAUAUCCAAAUUCGCUCAGUUGCCAAGAAGCACCCUAAAACUUGGAUCCAUUAUAUCGCUGCUGAGGAGGAAGACUGGGACUAUGCUCCUACAGCUCUCCCCUCCACAAACAGAAGUUAUAAGAGUCAAUUUUUGAACAAUGGCACUCGACAGAUUGGUAAGAAGUACAAAAAAGCCCGAUUUCUUGCAUACACAGAUGAAACCUUUCAGACUCGUGAAGUUAUUCAGCAGGAAUCAGGAAUCUUGGGACCUUUACUUUAUGGAGAAGUUGGAGACACACUCUUGAUUAUAUUUAAGAACCAAGCAAGCCGACCAUAUAACAUCUACCCUCAUGGAAUCACUAAUGUCAGUCCUUUGUACUCAGGGAAAUUACCAAAAGGUGUGAAACACUUGAAAGAUUUCCAGAUUAUGCCAGGAGAGAUUUUCAAGUAUAAAUGGACAGUGACUGUAGAAGAUGGGCCUACUAAAUCAGAUCCUCGGUGCCUGACACGGUAUUACUCCAGCUUCAUUAAUCUGGAGAGAGAUCUAGCUUCAGGACUCAUUGGCCCUCUCCUCAUCUGUUACAAAGAAUCUGUAGAUCAGCGAGGAAACCAGAUGAUGUCAGACAAAAGAAAUGUCAUCCUGUUUUCUGUGUUUGAUGAAAACCGAAGCUGGUACCUCACAGAAAAUAUGCAACGUUUCCUCCCCAAUGCAGCAGGAGUGGAAGUCCAGGAUCCAGAGUUCCAAGCCUCCAACAUGAUGUACAGUAUCAAUGGCUAUGUUUUUGAUAACCUGCAGUUGUCAGUUUGUUUACAUGAGGUAGCAUACUGGUACAUUCUAAGUGUUGGAGCACAGACUGACUUUCUAUCUGUCUUCUUCUCUGGAUAUACCUUCAAACACAAAAUGGUAUUUGAAGACACACUUACCCUAUUCCCAUUCUCAGGGGAAACUGUCUUCAUGUCAAUGGAAAACCCAGGUCUAUGGGUUCUGGGGUGCCAUAACUCAGAUUUUCGGAAUAGAGGCAUGACAGCUUUACUGAAAGUUUCUAGUUGUGAAAGGAACACUGAAGAUUAUGAGGACAACUAUGAAGAUAUUCCAGUCAACUUUAUGAAUGAAAAUAGUGUCCUUGAACCCAGAUCAUUUUCCGAGAAGUCAAGAAAUUCUAGGCAAAAACAACUCAAGGACACCACAGCUCCAGGAAAUGACAUAGAGGCAAUGGACCCUCAUUUUGGAAAGAGAAUACAGUUACUUGAAGCACAGAAUGUCUCCUCUAGUGAUUUGCUCUUGGUUCUGGGACAGGGCACUGCUCCAUAUGGAUUAUCCUUUUCUGAUCUCCAAAGAGCUCAGUAUGAGGCUAUUCCUGAUGAUUCCUCACUUGAAGCAAUGGAAAAUCAAGAGGACCCAUCUGAAAUGGCACACCUCAGGCCACUCCAUCACAGUAGGGACCUAGUAUUUACUCCUGAAGCAGACCUCCCAUUAAGAUUAAAUGAGAAUUUGAAAACAAUUACACCAGAAGACUUGGAGAAAUUGGACUUUAAAAAUUCUAGUUCAUCAAAUAAUGUUACUUCACCAAUAAGUGUAUUAGCUAGCUUGCCAGUAAGUACUGAAGUAACGGAUUCCUUAGAGCUCCUGAAUAGGACAGCUCACCUUGGCAGUCAGCUAGGCGCCAUUCUAUUUGGCAGAAAGUCAUCUCAGCUCAUUAAGUCCAGUGUACCUUUAAAUUCAAGUGAAAGAGGUAAUAAUUCUGCAUUGUUAGAAGUCACUUUAACAAGUAGUAAAGUACGUUUGCUAGGAGAAAAAGUAUUAUCAAUGGAGAGUGAUAAAGAAAGAAAAGUUCCUAGAUAUGCUUCACCGAUGAAAGAGAAUGCUUUAUUUAAAGUUAAUCUAUCUUUGGGAGAAAUGAACAAGGCACUCAGUAACUCAUUGACUAAUGGGAAGGCUCACAUUGAUGGGCUAGCAUUAUUAAAUGAGAAUAAUAUGUCACGCUGGCAAGAUGGAUUUGGGAAUGAUACUGAGUUCCAAAAAGUUACUUCACCAAUUCAUAGUGAAAUAUUUAGAGACAGAAAUACCACAUCUUUGGUGUUAAAUCAUGCAUCAAAUAAAACUGCUUCAUCAAAAGAUGUAGAAACGGUCCAUAAAAAAAAAGACCUUGUGUCACUAGAUGCAAAAGAUCAAGACACAUCAGUCUCCACAAUGUUAUUCUUGCCAAAUUCAACAAAUUUGAUAAAAAGGAACCAUGGAGAGAACUCCCUGAGUUCAGAGCAUGGGCCUAUUUCAGUGCAAUUAAUAUCCUUUGGCUCAGAAAAUUCUGUGAAAGAUCAAAAUUUCUUGUCAGAGAAGAAUAAGGUGACAAUAGGAGAGAAUGAAUUUAGAAAGAACAGAAGUUUCAAAGAGAUAUUAUUUCUAAACAAGAGCAUAUUUCUUACAAACUCAGCUAAUAUACGGGGAAAUUUUACCCCAGAUGAAGAAAAAAUAUUUCAGGAAGAGAGGGGACAGAAGGAAGCAUUGAUUCAAGAAAAUGUAACUUUGCCUCAACUGCUCCCAGUGACGGGUACUAAGAAUUCCCUGAAGACUGUCUUCUUACUGAGCACUAGGCAAAAUAGUACAGUGGAAGCUUUGCAGGAGGGAACAUAUGCUCCACUGUUCCAAGACACCAGGUCAUUGAAUGACUUGACAAAUAGGUUGGAACUUCACAGAUCCUAUUUCUCAAAAGGAAAAGAGAAAGCAAGCUUAGAAAGCUUGAGAAACCAAACAGAGCAUAUAAUAGAGGAAUGUAAAGGCCCUAUAGAGAUGCCCAAACCCAAGAAAUAUUUAACCCGGGUCAGCUUUGCACAGGUAGAUGACAAUGAAAAGGAAAAAACUAUGACAACUCAGCCUCCCUCAUCAAAUUGUUCUAUGAUGAGUUCCACUGUCACCCAAACAAAUGGCUCUACGUUACCUCCUACAAAGAAACCAGCAUUGUCGUCCAUUAGACCUGCAGAUCUGACCAAGAUACCGUCACAGGCCAACUCUUCUCAUCUUUUAUCAUCAGCCUGGAAUGACACUAUUAGAGAGAAUAGUGCUGGUGUUUCUGAUGUCCAAAAACCCAGUAAUUUUUCACAAGAAGUAAAAAAUAAUAACCUUUCUUCGGCCAUUCUAACUUUGGAUAUAAUCAGAGGACAAGAAAAGACUGUCUCCUUAUGUGCCCCAGACACACCCAUGUAUGAGGAGCUUGGGAACACUUUUCUUUCGAAGCUAGGCAUACCUGAAAAAGUUGAAUUACUUCCUAAAAUUCAUGUUUAUCAAGAAGACCCUUUUCCCACAGAAACUAGCAAUGGUUCUCCUGGACACCUGGACACCAUGGAAAAGAUACUCUUCCAGAAAACACAGGGAGCCAUUAAAUUGAAUGAAGUAAAUAUACCUAGAAAAGUGUCCUUUCUGGAAGACGCAACAGAAAGCACUGAAAAGAUUUUCCCUAAGAUGUUUGGACCCCACAUAUCAAGAGGAGAAUGGCAGUCCCAAGAAAAGCCACCAAAACACACAGCUUUUAAUACAAAGAACAUAAUUUCUCCUCUGAGGCCUGCUGAAAACUCUCAUGCAAUAGCAGUAAUACAUGAGGAACAAGAUAGUCUUCAAAUAAAAGACAUUUGGGCAAAGCAAGGAAGCACUGACAGGUUAUCCUCUAAACGCUUCCCAAUCUUGGAACACCAGCAGCCAAAGGAAAUAACCCCAACUGCUCUACAGCAAGAACAAGAACAAAUUGACUAUGAUGAUGCCCUCUCAGUUGAAAGUAAAAGGGAAGAUUUUGACAUUUACGGUGAAUAUGAGUAUCAAGGGCCCCGAAGCUUUCAUAAGAAAACACGGCACUAUUUUAUUGCUGCAGUGGAGCGAUUCUGGGAUUAUGGGCUGAGCACAUCUCUCCCUGCUGUAAGAAACAGGGCUCAGAGUGACACUGAUUCUCAGUUCAAGAAGGUGGUUUUCCAGGAAUUUGCUGAUAACUCUUUUACCCAACCUUUAUACCGUGGAGAACUAAAUGAACACUUGGGACUGUUGGGGCCAUAUAUAAGAGCAGAAGUUGAAGACUAUAUUGUGGUCACUUUCAAAAACCAAGCCUCGCGUCCUUACUCCUUUUAUUCUAGCCUUAUUUCCUACGAGGAUGAUCAGAGGGAAGGAACAGAGCCCAGAAGAAAUUUAGUGAAGCCUAAUGAAACCAAAACUUAUUUUUGGAAAGUGCAACAUCAUAUGGCACCCACUAAAGAUGAAUUUGACUGCAAAGCCUGGGCUUAUUUCUCUGAUGUUGAUCUGGAAAAAGAUCUUCACUCAGGCUUGAUUGGACCCCUUCUUAUCUGCCGCACUAAUACAUUGAACCCUGCUCUUGGAAGACAGCUGACAGUUCAGGAAUUUGCACUGUUUUUCACUAUCUUUGAUGAGACCAAGAGCUGGUAUUUCACUGAAAACCUGGAAAGGAAUUGCAAGGCUCCCUGCAGUAUUCAGAUGGAGGGAUCAAUUCGUCAAAAGAACUAUCGUUUCCAUGCAAUUAAUGGCUAUGUGAUGGAUACACUACCCGGCUUAGUAAUGGCUCAGAAUCAAAGGGUCCGAUGGUACCUGCUUAGCAUGGGCAGCAAUGAAAAUAUCCAUUCUAUUCAUUUCAGUGGGCAUGUGUUCACUGUACGGAAAAAAGAGGAGUAUAAAAUGGCAGUCUACAACCUCUAUCCAGGUGUGUUUGGAACAGUGGAAAUGCUGCCAUCCAAGACUGGAAUUUGGCGGGUUGAAUGCCUGAUUGGUGAACACCUGCAAGCUGGAAUGAGAGCUGUCUUUCUGGUGUAUAGCAAAGAGUGUCAGACUCCUCUGGGAAUGGCUUCUGGACACAUUAGAGACUCUCAGAUUACAGCCUCAGGACACUAUGGAGAGUGGGCUCCAAGGCUCGCCAGACUUCACUAUACUGGAUCAGUCAAUGCCUGGAGCACCAAGGCUCCCUUUCCUUGGAUCAAGGUCUUCUUUGGUAAUGUAGAUUCAUCUGGGAUAAAACACAAUAUAUUUAAUCCUCCAAUUGUUGCUCAGUAUAUCCGUUUGCAUCCAACACAUCAUAGCAUACGCAGCACUCUGCGCAUGGAGUUGAUGGGCUGUGACUUAAACAGUUGUGGCAUGCCGCUGGGAAUGGAGAGUAAAGCAGUAACAGAUGCGCAGAUCACAGCUUCAUCCUACUUCACCAAUAUGUUUGCCACCUGGGCUCCUUCACAGGCCCGACUUCACCUCCAGGGCAGGACCAAUGCGUGGAGACCACAGGUGAAUGACCCAAAAGAGUGGCUGCAAGUGGACUUAUCAAAGACAAUGAAAGUUACUGGAAUCAUGACCCAGGGGGCAAAAUCUCUUCUUACCAGCAUGUAUGUAAAAGAAUUCCUCAUCUCCAGCAGUCAAGAUGGGUAUCACUGGACUCUCUAUCUUCAGAAUGGCAAAGUAAAGGUUUUUCAGGGAAAUCAAGAUUCCAUCACACCUAUGGUGAAUUUUUUUGACCCACCACUGCUGGCUCGUUAUCUUAGAAUCUACCCCCAGAGCUGGGUGCACCACAUUGCGCUGAGACUGGAGGUUCUAGGCUGCCAAUCACAACAACACUACUGA